AUGACAACUACAACUAAUAAUAGUAGUAGUAGUAGUAGUAGUACAAAUGAUGUAGAAAGAAGAAACUUGAUUUGGAAAGUUGAAUCACUCUAUAGUAGAACCAACAAGUAUUUUUAUCAACCUGCAUUAGUUGAGUUAUGCAAUAUCAGUGUAUGUUCAAGAUGUUGUCUAAGAUUCUUUAACAUAAGAGAGAUUGGACUAUAUCAAGAACCAUCAAAUACACUUGAUCACUUAAUAAACUAUAUAAUAGAAAUUACAAACUUUAAUAAUGAACAAUCAAAACUAAAACAACAACAACAAGAACAAGAACAAGUACAAGCUAAAAUUAAAGCAGAAGAUAAUACUGAAACUAGUAAUAAUAACAAUAGUAAUAGUAAUACAACAAUAGAAGUUAAAGAUGUUAAACCUAUUAAAUUCCAAUAUGACUAUAAUAGUUUAGCAAAUUUAACAAAUUUAAAUAAUAGUAAGAAUCACAAUUAA